AUGGAAUUUUGGGGAUUUUUGAUUUAUACAGUCAUCUCAGUUUCAAUUUUAUUUAUUCUCCUGUGUGUAAGCCCGCACGGGACUGGACCUUUUGCUUGGCUCAGUCGACAAAUAUUUAUUACACUACCAGCAAUUACAGAAAAAAUUUCAAUCAAAUUAUUUGGUCCUAUGGGGAGUUCUAAGAUUUCCUAUUAUUUCCUCUAUAUCUUUAACAAGCCAAACCCUUCAUUUCAAAUCGUCUACUUGCUUUUAAGCUUAGGAGGCUUCACAAUUUACUUUUUUAAAGGAUUUGCAUUUGUCCCUAAUCGCUAUGUCCCUUCAAUUCACAUAUAUACAGGAACUGCAUUUUAUAUGCUCUGUGUCACAAUUUUUUAUUUAGCUUGCACAGUAAGUCCAGGAAAAAUCAGGCCUCAAAAUGAAGAAAAAUAUAAAAAAAUUUUUCCAUAUGACGAAGCAUUAUAUAGAGAAGUAAAAUGUUCUACUUGUGACUUGGUAAAACCUGCUAGAUCCAAGCAUUGUAGUGUCUGCAAUAUUUGUGUAGCAAAAUUUGACCACCAUUGUAUACUGUUUAUGGCUAAAUAAUUCAAUAAAAAUAAAAAAAUAAAAAAGGCUUAUAUGAUUUAAUUCGAAUAUUUGAAUAAACCAGUGUGUAGGAUAUGGGAAUUAUAAGUGGUUUUUAGGGUUCAGGUCCAAUGAUCAUGCACUUUGAUAGUGUACAUUUCAUCAAAGUACAUUUGGUUGAAAAUUUUUGAUAGUGUACAUUUCAUUAAAUUUCCGCCAAAUGUACUUUGAUGAAAUUUAUACUAUCAAAAUCCACUGUCAUUUGACAUGGAGCCGGUUUUUAGCCUUUAUUUUGUCUCAUAGCUUGCUUUGCAUGUAUGGAGCACAGAUUGGGCUUUUAAUUUUUGUGCAUAUUAUUGAGAAGGAAAGGAUUAUGACUACAAGAUUUUUUGAUUAUUUAGGGAAUGAAGUAGAAUGGAGCUGGAUGACAGUUAUCCAAUAUUUGUUACAGAGAUAUCCUUCAUGGUUCUUUGUGGUUACUCUAUGCUUUAUUAUGGGGCUUACAUUAACUGGGUUUUUCUUUUAUCAUCUUUAUCUUGUCUAUGAAAACACUACUUCGAAUGAAAGAGCGAAAAGGCUAGAUUUAGCUGAAAGCCCGAAAUAUAAGCAUUUAGCUGAAAAGCCAAAUAUUUAUAAUAAAGGGUUCUUUAAAAAUAUAGAAGAAGUGAUUUGUGCCAAGACUUUUAAGUAG